AAAAAAAAAAAAAAAUAAGAGUCGGACUUUUCGCGGUUUCUGCCCGUUAGGGCUAUCGAGAAGCAGGCGCCACUGCUGCGUCGGCGCUUCUUCCUCAUGCGAAGCCCAAAUCUUGAAAAAGAAAAAAAUUCUACUUCGUUCCGAAGGGAAUUGGAGCAAAGUUUAUCUCCCUUUUUUUCUCAGGAUGCAGAAGGAGAUAUGCCGGCGCAUUUUAAGCACAUCGAGAGGAACGAAUUUCUGCAUAGGAAGCAUCUAAAGCAAAAGAAACAAGAUAUUCCUAUAUGCAAUUGCAAAUAUAUUGCUGAUGAUCCUGAAAGUGCAUGCGGUGAAAGGUGCCUGAACGUAUUGACAAGCACAGAAUGUACACCUGGGUUCUGUCCUUGUGGUGAAUAUUGCAAGAAUCAGGUUAAUCACAAAAGGUCAUUAUAUGAUUAGUGCUAUUAAAUGGUACAGCACAAUGCACUGAUUUCAAGAUUUUAGUGGCGAAUGCUGAGUUGGAUUUGCCCGAUGGGCUUGUCCAUAGUACAUUUCAACAUUUAUAGUGUUUCAUUAUAUGAAUCUCUGAUAAGUGUUGCUGGACCUGCAGCAAUCAUAAGAAAAGGUAGUAGGAUCUUAUGAUAAGAUAUCGUUGUUAAA